AUGUUGCACGGGCCGUUCGGUGACUACGUGUGGGGUGAAAACGGUAUGGAUCGCAUCGUAACCCAACUUUUCAAUCAAAUGGAUGGAAGCCUGAGAACUGUUGGGCUAACAGAUCAGCAAAUCAAUAGACUACCAAUAAUCAAAGUGGAUAUGAUCUUUUUUUUUAUUGUAUAUGGUUGCUCAUUCCUAAACUGUUCUAUUUUACAGGUAUCGGAGCAACAUGUGGAAAAGUCUACCCAAUGCACUACUUGCUUCGAAGACUUCAAAUUGGGUGAAUUAGUAGUGGAAUUGCUAUGUCGUCAUAUAUUCCACCCUCAGUGCGUGGUACCUUGGCUCCAGCAACGCCCAUCUUGUCCAAUUUGCAGGCAAGAAGUGGUUGCUGUACAAUUUCCAGAAGCUUGGAGGCGAAACACGAUCUAA